AUGGAAAGUAUCGAAAAUUUGGCACAGCGAAUGAUUUGCAGAAUUAUAAAAUUUCGAGAUUUGGAAGGGUUCAGCAAUGCGGAAGUUUUAUUGAUUUUGAAAAAAUCGAAACAAAUUAUGAGACCACUUCCAGCAAUGCUUGAAUUAGAAGCACCCAUCACAAUAUUUGGAGAUAUUCAUGGACAACUUGCAGAUCUUUUGAGAUAUUUUAAUGUGAUUGGAUAUCCGCCAAAACAUUCUUUGCUGUUUUUAGGAGAUUAUGUGGAUCGAGGUGGUUUUUCUUUUGAGGUGAGGGAAAUACUGUAGUAUGUCUAGAAGAAACUAAUGAAUGAUGUUUCAGGUGAUUAUGAUUCUUCUUUGCUACAAAAUCAAAUACCCUAAUAAAAUCCAUUUGCUACGUGGAAAUCACGAAUGCUUCAAAAUGAAUCGACUUUAUGGAUUUCAUGAAGAAUUAAAACGAAAAAGAAAUUCAAUAAUCUGGAAUAAAUUUCAAGAUGUUUUCAACGAAAUGGCAUUGUGUGCAUUGAUUGGUCGAAAGAUUCUUUGUAUGCACGGCGGAAUAUCAGAACACGCAAAAUCGUGGCAAUCAUUUUAUGAUUUGAAAAAACCGCAUAAACCAAAAAAAUGUGACGAAGGAUUGGCAUUGGAUUUGAUGUGGGCUGAUCCAUCACAAGAAAAAUGCUCGACUUAUUCGAUAAAUCAUUUGAGAAGUAUUUCGGUGAUUUUUGGAGAACAGGCUGUCACAGAUUUUAUGAAACUUUUGGGAUUGAGUCUGAUUGUGAGAGCGCAUGAAGUUUCACAGGUAAUUUUGCAGAGUUUUGAGCAAUUUUUCAUUUUCUAUGUGUUUCAGGAAGGCUUCCAAUUCAUGUUUCAAAAACGUGUGGUCACCGUGUUUUCGGCCCCAUUUUAUUGUGGAAAUGAUUCGAAUUGUGGAGCAAUAAUGCAUGUUGAUCCAAAUUUCGAAGUAUCAUUCACAGUUCUUCGCCCUCGAAUUAUUGCAACCUCUGAAAAUUUUGCACUAGCUCAAUCUAUGGAGAAAAACUAUAAUCAAUUAUUGGCACCAAGUCCUGAUCCAAGUUUGUUUUUUUUUUCUUUUUUUUUUUUUGAAAAUUCUGAUCCCUGUUGAAUUUGAUUUGCAGAUCGCGGUCGACAUUUGGCGAAAAAAGAGAGCUCGACUAGAUUGAAUGUUGUGCUUGAUAAAUGA